AGUAAAUAUUUGUCGCCAUCUGCUGGUCAUUGCUGCAGUAGCACACGAGUCCAUUUCAUCCGAGUAAAAGCAGCAGGGGGCGUGGCAUAUAUUUAAGCAACUCAUCAUCACCACAUAUGCACUUGCCUCUGCAAGCACGCAAACUGUCCUGUCUGCUCGCCGCCUCUGUUUCAUCACCGAACAAGGACUUUUCUGUUCCUGCACACUUCAACACGCAAGUUUGGUGGAAAGAGAGCUGCACGAGCCAGUCUCCUGCGGGGACUUCAAGGUGUGAUGGAGUGGCGUCAGCAGUCUGCAGUCAGCUGUGAGCUGGCGUUCCAGGAGGCACAGAGAUGGAUUGAGGAAGUGACAAAAAAGCAAUUUGGAAGUAAAAGUUUUCGAGUGGCUUUAGAGGACGGGGUCCUUCUGUGCGACCUGAUCAACAGAUUGAAGCCGGGCAUCAUCAGACGAGUGAACAGGCUCUCCACUCCCAUUGCAGGCUUGGACAACGUGAAUGUGUUUCUCAGGGCUUGUCAGAAACUAGGGCUUAAUGAGGCACAGCUCUUCCAUCCGGGAGACCUGCAAGAUGUGUCCACACGUGUGACUGUCAGACGCGAAGAGACAAGCAGGAGACUGAAAAAUGUUUUGAUAACUAUAUACUGGUUGGGCAGAAAGGCCCAGUCUGAUCCGUUUUACACUGGACCACAGCUGAAUCUAAAAGCCUUUGAAGGUUUGCUGGGCACAGCAUUAUCUAAGGCUCUGGAGGAGUCAGUGCAGUCCAAGUCGAGUGUGAGGGACAGUGGGUACGCGGAGGGCUGGUUUUCUGACCGGGAGGAUCUGUUCAGUCUGAAGCAGUCGGGCUACAGGAGGGAGGACUCAGUCGAGAGCCUGGAAUCAGUGGAGUCUCGCACACUCAGUCUGGCUUCAGACUGCACACUUACAGCCGGCAGUGAAGGUUGGGGUAGUGACGCAGAAGCAGAACAUUGCUUCAGGAUGGCAGAAGGCAGUAAAAGUGAUGCCCCCAUCAGAGAAAGAGUGCAUGUCCCAUCUGCCCUGAGGAAGAUAAGGCAGGAAAACCGGCAGGGAGACAGGAGUCAUGCAGGCAACCUCACUAGAUUUCCCAUGAGACCCUCUCGGUACACAGGAAGCAAAUCUAUGGGUGACAUCCCACUGGAGCCCAUUCCACAGGAAUCUGACCACUGCUCCAGCUUUGACCCGCUGGGGUCACACCGUGUUCACCAGAGCUCUGUUGGAGAGGUGACCCUUGAACCCUCAGCCAUUCAGAGGGUUCAGCAGGAACAGUUACAAAGCAUCCGGGACAGAAUAAAGGAAAGUGAAGCCAAAUGGCACGAAGAUCUGAACAGGUGGAAGAGCCGGCGACGUAGUGCGAACUUUGACCUCCACAGGAAGCGUGAGGAGAGGGAGCAGACUGAACCCAUUACCGAUGGGGGAGAGGCCAGUGCCAACAGGACUGCACAGCUCACCGGGGUGCCAGAGGAGAGCUCCAGCAUGCCUGGACCCAUGAGUGAUGCGGGCUCCAGUGUCAGCAGUACUGGGUGGUCCACCAGCUUGGCUUCACCCCUCACAAACGGGACCUCUUUUGCUCCGACCAAAGGCACGGAUGCUGAGACUACUGACUCGGCUGGUGAAUUCUUCACCCCUCCAGCAGCUGUUGUCUCUACACAGAGUUCACGGAGCAGCCAGGCUACUGGGGAUCCAGAGCUCUAUGAGCAGCAGGGUCCAGACUUCAGCCACCGCGUGAUUCCCCCGGAGAGCUUUUGUGCAGGGGGAGCGCGCAUAUCUGCCACUCUACCCAGAGGUUUCAGAAGGUCCGAAGGUUCCUCACGCCUCUCCACAGGUGUCACACCACGUCCAUUUGGAACCAAACCCUCCAAAGUGUCCUCACUGCCCAGAGUAUAUUCCAUGGAUGACUCUCAUAAAGGCCUGAUCUGUGGAAACGGAGAUAAUUCAAUCAUCCCCUCGUACCUCAGCGGUCAAGGAAAGGUCACAGCCUCUGUUGACAAGGGCCACUGUCGUUCCAGCACUCAUCCAAUCCACCCUAAGAAGGAAGAAGAAGAGAGAAGAGAUAGAAGGUCAUCAGCACCUCCAAUUAACUGUUUUGUCACUAAAGUGACAGUGGCUGCCUCUAAUGUGCAAACAUCUCCCGUUGUCGCCGAAAUCAGGGACAUUAAGGUGGGUCAAAGUGAAAUGCGAGUCUGCUUGAAUCAGAAGCCUAACAGCGGUGAAGACUUCGGAUUCAAGGCUCACUGGGACUCAACUGGUGCUUGUGUGAAAUCUGUUCAAGCAGGCAGCCCGGCAGAGUCGUGUGGUCUGCUGAUGGGUGAUGAGAUCGUGGCCCUGGCUGGAUGCAGGGUGGCUGAGAUGAAUUAUGAGCAGUUUAAGAGCAGUAUGGACACCGCACAGCAAAAGGGCACUUUACUGAUGGACAUCCUAAGACACGGCCAGAAUGGACAGCCCGAGCACGGUGUCUCAAUCAGCACGACCUCUCCGGUGGAGACCGUGGUGAAGGCACAAGUCAACGGACAGCCUGCCAAUGGGAGUCAGGGAGUGCUGUCAAAAACAGUGAAUGGACGUAUUCAGGAUAAUCCAGAUGCUCUAAGAAACAAAGGUGGCUCAGAGUCUGCCAUCUCUGAUCUGCAGGUUCCCUCCAUCAGUAGCACCUCAUCUCGCUGGUCAUGGGAUCAUGAAGAGGAGAGGAGGCGGCAAGAGAAAUGGCAGAUGGAACAAGAGCGCCUCCUGCAGGAGAAGUAUCGACGUGAUCAGGAGAAGUUAGAGGAGGAGUGGAGGAGAGCUCAGCAGGAGGUCUAUGGAGAGGAGCACAGUGCUACUGAGGAGGAGAUAUGCCCUGAUGUGCUGUCCAAUGGAAAUACCACUAAUAUUCCACCUUCCUCCUCCAACCAAUUCUUUGCUACCACUUCAGUGGCAUCCAAUCAGAAUGCAGAGAAGGUGGAAGAAACACAGAACAGACUGACCGCUGUGCAUACAGCAGCACGACAGCAUUCACUAAAGUCAGAAGUGGAGUGUGAUUCAACCACAAAGAGCCUGUGCUCAGAGGAGUGCUACGGGUUUGCAAAGUUUACAGUUUCUGACAGGACAAAGUCAAAAUCUACUCCUGCACUUCAGAGCCUUCACAAACAAGAUGCUAAAGGAAGCGGUAAAAAGAAGGGCCAGCUGUCGCAGACAGAAAAGGAACGUCUGCAGAUCCUGCAGGAGAUGAGGAAGAAGACUCCGCUCCUCACUGACAACAGUUGGAUCCGUCAGCGCAAUGCCAGCCUCAACAAAGAGCCCAUCUCUGUGGGAACAUCUGUCAGGAGAUAUGAAUCUCUGGACAACCUCCAAGCAACCAACUCCUGGUCCAGGCAGUCCUACACUUCAGGUAUCGCAAACAGGCCCCAUUCUGCUUUGGGAAACACUGGCCUUUACAGAGGCGGACGCAGCAGCCUGAGCCCUGGUUCAGCCAUCUUCUCUACCGGUCUUAAGCAAAGCUCCAACGUUCCCGCUCCACCCAUCACAACUACGCCUGAGCCAUCAGGCCCUGGGUCCUGUCCACACUCUCAGCAGCAUGGAAGAAGGAUUUCACUCUACCUGACCUUUAACCCCAGUGUGUCGGCUGCAGGACUGAACUUGGGAGAGGGGCUGAGUCCGGAGCUCAGGUCAGAGUCCGACACGGACAGCUCUUCUAUAACAGCUGCUACAGCAGAAUCAGAGUCUGUUCCUCCAUCUCCAAGUGACCAGAAUGCAUUGCAACAGAUCAUGGAGGAGUGUACCACAGAAGCGGCCUCAGGAAUCACAGCUAUUAACACAACCUAACCACUGCAGCAGGCUUUACCCACUGCUUUGACAAUCAUAUAAACUGAUAUUUCUCUGAUUGUUCUCAUGGUAUGGCCGCUACAAAGUGACGAGUUCGAACAUGUUAUUUUGAUCAUUGCUGAAGGUUGUUUCUGUGCUGGCUGUCAUCAAUGUAGUGAGAUGAACAUGCAUUACUGAACAGUUAUGCAUUCCAUGUGGCAAGUAAUAACAAGUCUGAUGUCUCUCAUGACUUCAAAGAACUGUUUUAUGUUCUUUUUUUAUGUCCUUGCUGAUAACUAAUUUCUUUACCAUAUCAUCCCCUUUCUUUAUAAUACAAGCUUUCCUCUGAUAAUUAUUUAAUAAAUGUUCUAGCACACUU